CUUCAGGGUGGCGGACGGAGUCGGGUCCAAUCUGCUGAUUUGCUCUCUCCAGUCUCCAAGCCAUGUCUGACUGGUGGCCAAAAGUUCUCAGCGCCUCCUGGUGGUGCCGUUCGGCUCAGCUGGGGGAAGCGGGCAGGCCCAGGAUUCGGGCCGCCGCCGACUUCUUGGGCAGCUUGACGCACGGGAAGGGCGAGAAGACUUGCGGAUUUGUCACGAUCGAGACGAGAAGCCGAUGGAGGAGAGGGACGGCCUGGACGUGUCUGGUACAAGCCUUGAACGGAUGAGGAGUCGCGCCAUAAGGUGACGUCAUCCAGACCCAAACGGGAAGCGGAGGAGGCAAAGCCGCAGUCACAAGCACACUGAGCGGACGAGCCGUCGACCACGCCGGGAGCAAUUGAAACCCUUUCGGUGUUUUCAUCAUCAUGUCGCAGCGCCAGAGCCUCUCCCGCCCACGUGAAGGACGCUGGUCGCGGGUCAGCCACGGGAGGAGCGCCGCCGGACGAGGAUACUAAGAGCUGCGAGCCUCCACUGUGGACCCGGCCGGCCGCUCCAUCGUCAUCAUCAGCAUCCCCACCGUCCCCAUCAAAAUGGACGCCCGUGACAACACGAGGAGGACGCUCAGGCCUUCCUUAUGAGCAUUUUGGAGGCUUUUUAUUGCGUUUGAGCUUUUAUACCUUUUUGCCCUCGUGCACUGACAUUCGGACUGGGGGUGUGUGUGUGGAUGCCGAUGCGGAGGCGGUGGAGGAGGACUCGGAGGAGUGUAUGGGCGUUCUGAGAUCCACCACACGCUCAGCUUGGAGCCAUGGCCAAUGAACCUGUCAUUCUCAACGUGUAUGACAUGUACUGGAUAAACGAGUACACUUCCAAUCUCGGAAUUGGAGUCUUCCACUCAGGAAUCGAGAUUUAUGGCCGAGAAUUUGCGUACGGAGGCCACCCGUAUCCUUUCAGCGGCAUCUUUGAAAUCAACCCGGGCAAUGCCGCCGAGCUGGGAGAGACUUUCAAAUUCAAGGAGGCCAUCGUCCUGGGCACCACCGACUUUGGAGCGGAGGACAUGGACAAGAUCAUGGAGGAGCUUGGCAGGGAGUUCAAAGGCAACGCCUACCACCUCAUGCACAAGAACUGCAACCACUUCUCCUCCUCGCUCUCAGAGCUGCUGUGCGGCCGUGAGAUUCCACGCUGGGUCAACCGUCUGGCCUAUUUCAGCUCGUGCAUCCCCUUCCUGCAGAGCUGCCUGCCCAAAGAGUGGCUGACGCCGGCCGCUCUGCAGAGCCACAUCAGCCUGGGCCUCCACAAAGACGAGCGCCGGCGCCGGUCCAGCGACGACGACCGCCCGUCACCGCCCUCGUCGUCCGGGGCCGCCGGAUCCUCCUCUUCCUCCUCCUCGCAUAGCUGCCGCCACACCAGGGUGUGAUGGACUGCCGCCGACCCGCCCGCGGACCAGGACAGGUUGGGGAGUUGAGCCUUUUUGGACAGUUGAGGACUGCCGAACGUGCCGUGACCAUCCCAGGACUCCCCAAAAUUGGUUUGGAAAGGUCAGCAGCGUCUGAAGCCUUAGCAGCAUGAGAGAUGGUUGACCAGCCACACAUAAGUAAACCUAAAAUAACUUUCAAGAAGCCAUGCCCUUAAAGCCAGUUUCAAAAUUGUUCUCAUUUGGAACUCAACUCUCAUUCGUCGUUAGCUUAGCUGCUAUAUAAAUGAUGCUCUCCUCGUUUUAAUACGUACACUUGUUUUCACUUUGAUCGAGCUAAGCGCGCGCCUUUGCUUGGCCUUUUACCAUGCGUCGUCUUAUGCUAGGCUAACUAGCCACUGCUGGUAGUAACCACAGUAGUGUUUGUCUAGGCUGUAAGACAAUAUUGUGUUUGUAAUCAUGUUUACAGAUUGCAUAGCAUUUAAAAGCAAAGAAGGGAACAAAGACUUUCAUUUUGGGACAAGGCACACUGAUUUCUUUUCCAUCUCCCCUGCUGAUAGUGGUGGUGCAUUCAAGGACAGCUAUUCUCUCAGGAAGGAAGGAACUCAUGUAUUGAUUGUUGGUUUUGGACAUUUCACCAAGUGUAUUUAUUGUGUGGCAGCUGACGCACGUACACAGACACACACACUUUGGUUCAUACAGUAAAAUACAGUACGUGACUUUGUUAAAAGAUUGUACAAUACAGGAUUUUUUUUUCUAGUGUCAUGUGGGACCUUUCAAAAUACUCUUUUUUUUUUUUCAAAGCAAAACUUGACUUCGUACUAGAAUAAAGGGACUACAA